AUGUAAAAUUUUCAGUUUGAUCAAGUUUCCAUAGACCCAAACUUUUUCCUUCGAAUGCCAAAAUAAAAUUAUGCUAUUAUAUAUAAAGAUUGUGAUGAUAUUGAUGAUAUAUAUGAAAGUAUUUAAGGUUCCCCAGACAUCUGUUAAAACAAAUUAUCUGUGUUUAAUUUGAAUCAGGAAAAAGAUCAUCAUCAUCUAUCUCCAUAAUAAAUUAAGCCUACCAUACUUCAUUAGAAAUCUCUUUUCCUGACAAAGGUGAGCAAGAAGAAAGAAAAAUCUGAUGUGAAAAGAAAUUCGUUCACAAGGCAUUAGAAAAAUAAGCAACAAAUUAAGAUAUUGGAGAUAGAAUUCUCUAAAGAAAAGUCGUGGUCAAGAAAAUUGAUUGAAGAUCUAUCAUUAAGACUUGAUCUCACUCCAACAUAAAUUUACAAAUGGUAUUACGAUAAAAUAAACUAUAAAAGCAAAAGGAAGAAUAGAUAGAGUUCUGAGUUAACUCAAUGA